AUGUGUAAUACGGCGGAAGCUUCAAGACUCAUCGCUAAAGGAGCCGAUGUUAAUAUUGGAAAUAAUUUCAAAAUAACACCUCUUCAUUUGGCUGCUUUCAAUUGUCAAAAAGAUGUUGCUAAACUUCUAAUUGGUAAAGGAGCCAAUGUUGAUAGUGCAGAUCAAUCGAAAGUGACACCUCUUCAUUACGCCGCUAAGAAUGGUCACAAAGAUGUUGCUGAAGUGCUUAUCAAGAAUGAAGCCGAUUUUAAUGUCAAAGAUGGUUUUAAUUUGACACCUCUUUGUUAUGCUGCUCAGAAAGGUCACAAUGAUGUCGCUAAAUUUCUCAUCGGUGCAGGAGCCAAUGUUAGUAUUGGAAAUAAUUUUAAUUGGACACCUCUUCAUUUAGCUGCCAUGAAUGGUCACAAGGAAAUCGCUGAAGAGCUCAUUAAGAAUGGAGCUGACAUGAACUUCCAAGAUGUUUUUAAUCUGACACCUCUUCAGUAUGCUACUGAUAAUGUCGUGAGGAGUUGGCAAAAUAUCUCAGAAAAAAAUGGAAAAAAAUGAAUCAGCUGAAUAAUCGGAUGACUUCCUUCGAUUCCCGUACUCGAUCAUCAUGUAGAAUAUUAAUUUCAAUACUUCUUUAACAAUCUUUGACCAUACGAAUAUGCAA